CCCCCUCCGUCACCUCUCCCCGCCAUGGGCCGCCUCUCGCGCUGCCUGGAGCUCGGGCACCUGCGGCACUGCCCUCUCUUCGAGAGUGACUUCGAGCAGGUGACGUGGAGCGGGGAGCCCGCGGGCCGUGUCACGGUGGGGGUGGUGGCCUCCAGCCCCCUCCUGCCACUUCCGGACGUGCUGGUUCUGGCGCUGCCGCUGGCGCCCCCCGAGCCCGAGGAGCUGCGGCUCUUGGCGCUGCUGCCCCUGUCCUGCGUCCGUCUGUCCGUCCGCCGCCACCACCGGCACCAGCUGCGGGCGCGCCUGCCCACCGGCCGCACCUUCUACCUGCGGCUGUUGGCGCCGCGCGGCCACCGCCAUCGGCUCUUUGGCUCCUGGGUGCGGCUCCUGGGGCUCCUGGGAGCCCAAUAA